CGCCCCUCUCCGCAGUCCUCAGCUUCCUAAUGGCUGCUGCUCUUCCGGGGUGAAGCGCUCCUGGCCGGCCCCCUGAGGCUGCAGGGACGGAAGGUGUUAGUCCCCGAGCAGGAAGAGGCACGGGACUGACAGGAUGGACAGGAUGGCCGGUGUCCUGUGCUUGGCGGAGCCCCUCACGGCCCUACAGCUGAAGCGGCUGGAGGAGCACAAGUACAGCGUAGCCGGUCGCUCCAUGCUGGAGCCCCUUAUGCAGAUCUACUGGAACUGGCUGGUGGAAAAGUUGCCCCUGUGGCUGGCACCCAACACUAUCACCAUGGUCGGGCUCGUCAUGAAUGUUGUCUCUACCCUCAUUGUCGCCUACUAUUGCCCCACUGCCACCGAAGAGGCACCAUGGUGGGCAUUUCUGCUUUGUGCUAUAGGCUUGUUUGUGUAUCAGUCAUUGGAUGCUGUUGAUGGGAAACAAGCUCGAAGAACCAACAGUAGCUCCCCCCUCGGGGAGCUGUUUGACCACGGAUGUGACUCUAUAUCGAUAGUGUUUGUAGCGGUGGGAACGAUAGCUGCAUUACGUGGUGGAACCAUGCCCAGCUGGUUGUUCUACUGUUGCUUUAUCAGCAUGUUUAUGUUCUUUUGUGCCCAGUGGCAGACCUAUGUGUGUGGUACCCUGAAUUUCGGCUGGAUUGAUGUAACAGAGCUGCAGCUUUCUGUGACAGGAGUGUUUUUGCUGUCUGCAUUUUUUGGAACUACCUUUUGGGACAAUGAGAUUCCUAUGACUGGAUUGCCACUGAAAGUCAUUGCGCUUAUCGGGAUUGUGUCAGGAACUAUUUACUCCUGUAGCAACUAUUUUCGAGUCAUUUUCACUGGUGGAGUAGGCAAAAAUGGAUCCACUGUAGCAGGAACUAGUGUAUUAUCUCCAGGUCUUCAUAUUGGAUUAGUCCUCAUCUUGGGACUUAUGAUUUAUAAAAAGUCAACAACAAACAUAUUCUACAGACAUCCCUGUCUUUACACCUUAACCUUUGGAUUUGUGAGUGCUAAAAUUACUAUUAAGCUUGUGUUGGCUCAUAUGACCAAAAGUGAACUGUAUCUUCAGGAUUCUGCAUUUAUUGGACCAGGUCUUCUAUUUCUCGAUCAAUACUUCAACAGUUUCAUCGAUGAAUAUAUUGUUUUAUGGUUGGCACUCGCUAUUUCUUUGUUUGAAUUGCUGAGAUACUGCAUAAGUGUUUGCUUGCAAAUAGCAAAACAUCUACGAAUAUCAGUCUUCAGAAUCCCUCCCGUUCCAGCUGCAGAGCAGGAAGUGGCAUAAUAAACAAGAAAUUCAGAAAUAUCUGAAAAUUUCUUUUGCAAGGAUUUCAAAUAACCAUGUGUGACCUGAGAAGCCUUUGGACCAACAGAAUGUUUUUUGUUAGUAAUAAUAAUUAUAAUUCAAAAACAUCUGUACGGUAUUAAUAAACUGGAAAAUAAUCUUUUUAUGAAACAUUUGUGCUGUCCUACCUGCAUACUCUGUGAAGCUGAAUAAUUUAUUUUCAUUAUAAAAGAAAAAAACAAACAAAAAAUAGGUUUAUUCAUCAACAUUUGUAUUUUUGUUUAAUAAAUGUUUUAUUAAAUAUG